AUGCACUUCUUCAAGUACCUCCUCCCCGUUGCAACUAUCUUCCUCACGGCUGUUACCGGUGCCCCCAUCGAUCACGAUACCGCCGUCGACGCCUUCCCCGGCGAUGACCGUCCCUCUGCCGCCGCGAUGACCAGCAGUGUCACUCCCGACGUCUCCAGCUCCGGCAUCGCUCUCAAUAUACUCACGGCGGGCAACGAAACCUUUUCCGCGGCGACCAAAUGCGAGACCAGCUGGGGCAGCCCAGUGAGGCAGCACGUUCUCCAGGCGCUAGCCAAGAUCAACACGAAAGCCUGGUACAAGCCGGAAACGUCCUGA